AUGCCGUUCAAUUCCUCACAAGCACUCACGAAGCGCUCUAUGGAGACUGCAUUGAUGCCUCCCCCACCGCCUCGAAAACGACAGAAGCGCCCUGCAAUCGUUUUAGACGAAGACGAGUAUGCACAGGCUGUUUCCGACAUCAUUGCGCGCGACUACUUCCCAGCCCUUCAUGAAAUGCAAGCUCAGACAGACUACAUGGAAGCAGUCGAAAGCAGCGACAAAGAUUGGAUAAGAGAGGCGGGCGUGAGGCUCACACAGGCGAUGACACCAAAAGGCUAUCGUUACAAGGGGAGAAAAAACCUCAUGGAUCGUAGUCGCCGUGCGACAACUGGUGAAGACACGCCUCGAGGCUACGCCGCCGAGACGCCCGGACAAACGCCUCGCUCAAGCGCCGUCAAGCCAGACAAUCCGGCCGUGAACAUCAAUAUGAGCCUGGGCACAUUUCAAGCCAAAUACACCUCGGAGGACAACGAGAGCUUCAACGCAAUACUGGAUAAGCAAAACAACCAGCGAUCACAAAAGUACACAUUUCUUCAUAAUGGCGACAGAAUACCUCCAUCGCGGCAGCUGGAGUAUCGAGCCGAUGGCCAGAAGUUGCUUGGGCAGGGAACCACAAGUUCAAAUUCAAUUGCACUGCUUGAGACCGAUAAGAACUCAAAUGCCGCUCAGGCAGCCCCAAGACCGUCGCAAGACCUAGCUGCGAGACCUGCUUCGUUGGACCCAUUUCCAAACAAACAGGGCGCAAGGAAUCAUUUUAUGUUUGGGCCAGACGGAAUUGAAGAGCAAACAAUUGCGCGCAAUCUUCCAGGCAGCCCAACAGAGCUUCCGCCAAAAGCCGUUAUAUAUGCAAACACCAGGCUUCCAAGCAUCGCCCCAUCUGCACAAAUGAUUCCACCGAGUCCAUCUAUGAGUGCGAUUGAUGCAGCUAUCGCGGGUCGCUCAGCAGGUACCGAGUCUGAACCUGGUUACUCGGGUGCGGAGACGCCGCGGGUCAAUGGGUACGCGUUUGUCGAUUCAGAGCCUACGCCGAACGAGUAUGGCCAGCCGGCCGACGAGCAAGACGUGGCUGAUGCUGAGCACACGCGCGUGAUGCGCCUACUUCCAAAACUUGACAUUAGUGGGCCAAAUCGAUUUCACAUCCCGGAGAAUAAUUCACGGGAGAUCAUACAUCGCAAACUAGUCGAACAAGCAGAUGGCAAUCGCCGAAGCAGGAAUAGACUGGAGCACUUGCGCGACCUUGGCAUCACACCGGGAAGAUCAAAAACUCCCACCUUUGCUAGCAGUCCCUUGCGGAAAGGCCACGCCAUGACACCGGCAGCGCGCAGACUGGCAGACACUCUCACAACACCACGGCGCGCGAGCGGAACCUUUGGAAGUCAACAACGAGACAGAACACCGACAUUUCGUUCGCGCAAGCCUGUAUAA